AUGGGCCCGGAUGAUGAGCUGUCGCAUCUUCGACACGCGAUGAUGAUAAACAAAGCGAACCCGGCCUUCUCCGGUAGCUCGUCGUCGAUGCAGCAGCAGCACGCUCACCCAUCAGCAUCAGCAGCACACGGGGCGCCUCAGGUCGGGCCUACGCUCUCGUUCCCUUCGCUGUCGUCACUCGCCCAGCCCGACCGCACCAGCGGAGGCGCCACCUUGACCUCGGACGACAUUAUCAACGUGCUCCGCCGCGGAGAUCUGUCGUCGACCAGCUACAUGACCGCGGCGGGGUCGUCGUCGUCGUCGUCGAACAACGGGAACAACGGCUCGACCGGCUCCUCGCCUCUGCCAAUCUCGUUCGCCAGCACGUCCUCCCCGGACCCGUCCUCCUCGCGCCCGGCCUCGAUACCCCUGCACCAGUACAGCCUCCAGCAGCAUGACCAGCAGCAGCAAAUGCAGCAGAUGCAACAGUUCCAGCUGCAGCACCAGCAGCACCACCAGCACCAGCACCAACUUCGGCAGCAGCAACAGCAACACCUGCAGCAGCAGCAGCAGCAGCAGCACCAGUACGACCUAAGUGCAUUCGAUGAUGCCGCGUUCCCGCUCGAUAGCGCCUACGCGUUCGGCACGCCGUCCUAUGCCGGAUCGUUCGUCGGAUCCUACGAGUCGUCGGCUCAGUUCAACCACGACCACUUCUCCGAGCCCUCGUCUUACAACAACGAACCGGGAACCUCGGCUAUGCAAGGGCGUGGCCCACCUUCGGCGUUUGAUUACUACUACCAGCAAGAGUUGAGCAACCAGGACGUCUUCCAGCCGCUCCCCUUCCUCACCCCGAACGACCCGACUUCGGCCUACUCAUCGUCCGGAUUUCAGUACCGCGAUCGCUCGGCGGACCAUGACGAUGCGGCUUCAUCGUAUGCACCGAGUGAAGCAGGUGACUCGGUCGCAGGCUCCGCAUCCGGUGCCCCGGCUUCGGGGUCCCAGAUGGACUUUGACUUUGACUUCGACCCCGUCAUCGCAGACCGCACGAGGAGCGAGUCGCCAUUCCAGUAUGGUGGCAGCGCAGGUAAUAGUGCGAAUGCCAACGCCAGCGCAUGUGGGAGUGCAAGCUCGCGCUCUCGGCCUUCCUCAUCGAUGGGCCCCACACGUCAGGAGACGGAGACGGAGCUGGCCGACCUCACUCGACUACGUGAGCAAGCGACCGUGCUUGCGACCUCGAGAAGGCCUUCGAGUGCACCGCGAUCGGGGACCGGCAGUUUCAACAGGGGUAAGGCCUCCCCCGGCGUGCUUUUCGCUUCGGGGAUGCUCUCAGAGUCGCCCCCGGCCUCGGGCGCGAUGUCCGACUAUCGCUUCUCCCCUCCGGCCUUGACACCACUGGCGAUCCCGAGUGACGGUCCUUCCUUCAACAUCACCCAGCCAACCCCUCACACGGCUCGACCCAAGGAGAAAGGGCAGCCCACUCUCGAGCUUGAAAGGAUGUUGGGGAUGAACGAAUGGCCCGCCAAGGCCGAUCAGGUGAGCUCAUCCCGAAACUUGAAACGCACGGUCCAGUUCGGGCAUCUGAGGACUGACCUGGAUCCUGCGCUUCAUUUUGUGUCUUCGUCAACAGAACGCUUCGUUUUCCGACUUUACUCCACGGCCUAUUGCACCUGGGACCCGGCAAUUUCCUCCGACUCAGCCAGCUUCUGCAGACCAAGGUGCCGCAGCAGCCGAGUCCCUCGCCCGGUCCUCGUCGGCCGCUGGAUCCUCAACUUUACCGUUGUCAUAUUCGCCCCAGCCGCCCAACAACUCGUCCUUUCGUCCAUCUCUCGCCCCGUACCAACCCCCACCGAUGCGCAAGCGAUCUCAGUCCGAUCCAGCGAUAUCACCGACCUCCGCCUACCCUCCGGCCUCGAAAUUCCCCAUCCGGGGGUCGAUUCCCGCUUCAACUGGGGCUGGGCCUACGGCUGCACCCUACGCAUACUUCUACCCGAGCUUGGUUCCCGGUGGGCAAGGCCAGUUCGUCGUGCCGGGUCCAACGAUGAGCGCGGCCCCGCUACCAAUGUUCUGGCCCCAGUCCACGACAAUACCACCAAUGGCGAUGAAUCCGUUCGAUGCGUUCCAGACUUCGGUGGCCCCACCAGCCAUGCACGACUAUCUGAAUACGUCCGUGUUCGACGGCUUCGAUGACUUCACCCCCGACCCCGCUCGACAGCAUUCACUCGACAAGCGGAGUCGCCACAGCGUCAGUGGCAGGAGGCCGUUCGUGGGCACGCCCGGGUACCAAGAAGCUGGGUUGCUCGACCAGACCGCCCGUGCCGAAGCCCGGGCAACGGGGGCCAACCAUCGGAGAUCGAGAAGUCAUACCGGUUAUCACGACGGGUCCCCUGGCCAAGAAGGCGAUGGCUUGGAUGGAUCCGCGGAAGCAUCACGGGGUAGUUUCAGUGCAUUCGAUGCGGCUACUCUGGCCAGAAUUGCGGUGGCGAGAGACGGGUCAGGACGUGGGUCGAGGACUUCCUCCGUUGACAGUUCACGCAAAAGGAGCGGAGACUACCGACCGCAACGGACCGCGAGUGGAUCGUCUUCGACCAGCAACAGUUUUUUGGGGCCCCAGCAUGCGCCACAAUUCCAUCAGUCCCCCGUCGCGUCUCCAUCAGCUUGGACCGAGGAACGACGGUCCAGCCAAAGCUCGGUCAGCGAUGGUGGAGGCCAGCAUUCGCUUGAAGGGCGUCGAAGGGGCACCCAACCUUCUCUCGAAAGCAAGACGACAAUGGCCACAAUCCAAGCCGCGAUGCGGCGACGCAAUCCCGGCGUGCAGGCCAAGUUCAUGUGCGAUCUUUGUGGGGAGACGUUCACGCGACGCUACAAUCUCCGUGGCCACCAGCGGGCGCAUCGGAAUGAGAAGCCGUUCGUGUGUCACCACCCUGGAUGUGACAAGGCCUUUGCCAGGUCGCACGAUUGCAAGCGCCACGAGUUGCUGCAUCUCAAUCUCAGGUGUGUUGCUCAUGAAUCUGGUCUCCUCUGCUUUGCUUUCCUUUACUUAUCACCUGUUUCGCUCGUCCUUUCGAAAACGCAGACGUUACAGCUGCGAGCCUUGCAAAAGAGAGUUUGUUCGCCUCGAUGCCUUGCAACGACAUCGUACGUGCUUCGACAUGGAUGGUUCGCGUCCACGUAAUCUUUAACUGACGUAGCAACUCGCUAUAUUGACAGACCGAAGCGAUGUCGGACAGGCUUGUGUGGAGCAACUCAAGGCGCAAGGCUUCCUCUUCGCAUUCGAUGAGCCCGCGCUAUUCGAUGAGCCUGCGGAAGAUGUCGGGUUACAAACCUAG